AUGUUGGACAAAGGGCAGAUCGCAACCAUAUUUGCAACGACUUUUAGUGUAAGCAUGACUAUUGCAUGUGCUAUUUUCGUUUGCGUGGUUUAUCGAGAUAUUUCAUUAAUGUACUAUGAUAUGAUGGAAGAAGCGAUGAACUUUAAGGAAACCACCGAUGAAGCUUGGAAUCAUUUGAUGAAUUUGAAGCUCAGUAAAGACCAUACUCAUAACAGCUACAGUUUUGGCAAUAUUUUCCGCCAGAAACGACAAAAAGAAUUACCGUCUUACUGCCGUGAGUGUACAUUUUUAGAAUGCGAUAUUGUGUCACCAAAAUGUCUGACAGGACCACCGGGAUCACCAGGAAACGAUGGCAUUAAUGGAGAGAAUGGCCUUCCUGGUCCACCAGGUCUUCCUGGAGCACCAGGAUUGAAUAAUUACAGGCAAAAAUGUGUCGUUUGCCCACGAGGACCACCUGGUCUGCGAGGCUCCCCCGGACCUAAGGGAGCUCCAGGACCAUUUGGCGAAAUUGGUGCUAAUGGAACUGUAAAAAUGAUAGGUGAUUAUGGGCCACCAGGACCACCUGGUGACAGAGGUCCACCAGGUAGAUAUUUUUGUUUGAAAGGCCCACCAGGAACAAUCGGCUCACGCGGAGAAAAAGGAGUUCGUGGAAUUCGUGGCUAUCCAGGACAAAAAGGACCUAUAGGACCAGCAGGAUUUCCAGGCCCAAAAGGACUACCUGGAUUGUCGAAAGAUGGAAGACCAGGAAACGUCGGACCACCGGGACUACCAGGUCGCCGUGGUUUUCCGGGACCACGAGGUCCCGACGGAGAAAUCGGAGCACAAGGAAUUCCUGGCGCAGAUGCAUCAUAUUGCCCAUGUCCAAAGAGAUCACCGAACAUGCAAAAGCCAUACGUUGCUGGAUAUGAAACGCCAUAA